ACAAAGUGUAGUUCAAGCAACGUCCUUUUUCUACAGCUUUGAUCAGAGUCAGUGUGUCACUGUCCGUGUUCUGAAACCAGACAAACUGCAGGUCAUCGUUGUACUGUGACUGAUGUGGACGGGAGCCUCACACACAUAAAGUCUCACAGUGAUCAGAGUGGAGGCGACGCCUGAUUGCUUUGAUCUUUGUUCUCUGGACUAAAUGAAAAUGCUGGUCAUCUUUGGAAUCUUGGUGAUGUUCACUGAAGCUGGAGUGGGUUUGCUGUCCAUGAACCCUGUUUGUAGAUUUAAUCAGAGUGAUCCAUGUUAUGGAGCUGUGGGACGACCGCUGUACCUGCAGCUGCCAUCUGAGUAUGAAUUAGACUUAAAGAAGAACAUCAAUGGAGCUCGUACUGAGCGUAUUUUCAGAUUUAUAAACCAUAAAAUCACGUUAAAUCAUCUAGAUUAUCCAAGAUGGCAGUUUGUUGCUGAUAACAGCACCAUAAUAAUAAGCAGUGCAGAGAAAAGAGACUCAGGAAGAUACACUUUAGAUACAUUUGAUUCAGCAGGGAGAGACAGAGGCGUUUAUCAUCUCCAGCUGGUUAUUGAAGGUGGGUCUACACAACCUCUAAUCACAUCACACACUGUGGUGUCCUCAGUGACUGUGACAGACAGCUGCUUAUCAAUUGAGAAGAGGAACGUUUACUGUUCGUCUGAUGGAGAUAAUGUGCACUAUAACUGGACUCUCCAACAAACACACGCACUGGCUGAUGGGAACCCGACUCUUCUGCUGGACAAGAAAGUUCUUGGAAGUGUCACCUGCUAUGCUCAGAAUCAUGUUACCCAUGAAAAAAAAACUAUUGAGAUACAGCAGUGUCCUGAUCCUACAACUGUGACCCCCACUUCAACUCUGAAGCCUAAAGUGACACCAAGGACACAAUCAGGCAGUGGUACAAGUCUGGCAGUGACUGAUUGCUCCUCUAACCCUCAAGUGCCUCUCAGUUUUCAGAGAGACAUUGUCUAUGUGGUUGUGCAGGUUUUGGAGAUUACUUUUCUGCUGUCAUUGUUUGGAGGUUUCCACAUCUAUGCUAGAAUCCAAAGAAAACAGACCAACAGAGCAGCAGAAAGUAAGGAAGAGGAGGUGGAGGAGGGUCCAUACACCAACCUGGAUCAAGAACACAAGAAGAAAUAAACCAUCAGACUUUCCAAGUUAGACAACCUGAAUCCCGAACCAUCAGCGGAAGAGACCCAUCAACUAAGGAGAACAAAGAAAACAGACUGAGGUCAUUCAGAUAAUUAAGGACACUGGUGGACUAAAUUGACUAUGAAAACUAUCCAGUCCAAUUAACAAAAUUAUUUAGAAUUAUAGAUUAAAUUUGUGUUUAAGUUUUAGUGUUUUUUCAGUGUGAGUUCAACCCAACCUUAUCACUGGAAGAAAAUAUGGCCUUCAACAGCUUGAAAACGACAUCUAGUUAAGAACAUAUGAGAAGAGAAUUCCAUAGAACGUCCAUAGAAAGAUUACUCACUGCAUGGUGUAUUAAAAUGAAAAGUAUGGAAGCACUGGUGUAUCAGUACAUCUAGGCUCAUGUUCAAAAUAUAAUAACAGUUCUGACUACCAAUUACUUCUUUUUUAAGUGUUACAUAAGUUGCUCAUGAAACCAGCACUCAAAAGCACAAGUAUAUGCAUUUACUAUGUAUUCAGUUCAUUUAAUUUGUUGUAAGUUGUUCCAAAACUUUGUAAAGUUUCUGUUUACUGUGUAUUAAAGUGUGUUCAAAGAGUAAACAUUAAAAGUGUGUACUAAAGUUUUACAUAUGCUUUUUAAAAGUACAUUUAAAUGCAUGUUCUUUUACAAUGAGGCAAAUGAAGACAGGACGCUUUUAGAAAUGUUUUCUGUGAAAUUACAGCACUUGUUCACAGUGAAGCUGAUCAUCAUCAUCAUCAUCAUCACUUUUCUGUUAAAACUCACACUGUAGUUGUUGUGAACUUCCUCCUUGUUUUUUUCUAAAAGACUGUCAGUGAUGUUCAGCUGAAGUUGGGGGACGGACUUAUCACCAUUAUCAGGAUAAAGAACAAAGUGUGUUUCAAGCAACAUCCAUUUUCUAGAGUUUUGAUCAGAGUCAGUCGAUCAUUGUUUGUGUUCUGGAACCCGACAAACUGCAGGUCAUCGUUGUUCUGCUGCUGAUGUGGACGGGAGCCUCACACACAUAAAGUCUCACAGUGAUCAGAGUGGAGGCGAUGCCUGACUGCUUUGAUCUUUGUUCUCUGGACUAAAUGAAAAUGCUGGUCAUCUUUGGAAUCUUGGUGAUGUUCACUGAAGCUGGAGUGGGUUUGCUGUCCAUGAACCCUGUUUGUAGAUUUAAUCAGAGUGAUCCAUGUUAUGGAGCUGUGGGACAACCGCUGUACCUGCAGCUGCCAUCUGAGGAUCAAUUACUCUUAAAGAAGAACAUCAAUGGAGCUCCUACUGAGCGUAUUUUUAAAUUUAUAAACCAUAAAAUCACAUUAAACCAUUCCAAUUAUCCAAGAUGGCAGUUUGUUACUGAUAACAGAUCCAUAAUAAUCAGCAGUGCAGAGAAAAGAAACUCAGGAAGAUACACUUUAGAUACAUGGGAUUCAGCAGGGAGAGACAGAGGCGUUUAUCAUCUCCAGCUGGUUAUUGAAGGUGGGUCUACACAACCUCUAAUCACAUCACACACUGUGGUGUCCUCAGUGACUGUGACAGACAGCUGCUUAUCAAUUGAGAAGAGGAAAGUUUACUGUUCAUCUGAUGGAGAUAAUGUGCACUAUAACUGGACUCUCCAACAUACACACCAACUGGCUGAUGGGAACCAGACUCUUCUGCUGGACAAGGAAGCUUAUGCAAGUGUCACCUGCUAUGCUCAGAAUCAUGUUAGCCAUGAAAAAAAAACUAUUGAGAUACAGCAGUGUCCUGGGCCUACAACAGUGACCACCACUACACCUCCGAACUCCAAAGUAACCCCGAGGACGCAAUCAGGCAAAGGUUUGCUGUCCAUGAACCCUGUUUGUAGAUUUACUCAGAGUGAUCCAUGUUAUGGAGCUGUGGGACGACCGCUGUACCUGCAGCUGCCAUCUGAGGAUCAAUUAGACUUAAAGAAGAACAUCAAUGGAGCUACUGCUGAGCGUAUUUUCAAAUUUAUGAAGCAUAAAAUCACAUUAAAUCAUCCAGAUUAUCCAAGAUGGCAGUUUGUUGCUGAUAACAGCACCAUGAUAAUCAGCAGUGCAGAGAAAAGAAACUCAGGAAGAUACACUUUAGAUACAUUUGAUUCAGCAGGGAGAGACAGAGGCGUUUAUCAUCUCCAGCUGGUUAUUGAAGGUGGGUCUACACAACCUCUAAUCACAUCACACAAUGUGGUGUCCUCAGUGACUGUGACAGACAGCUGCUUAUCUAUUGAGAAGAGGAACGUUUACUGUUCGUCUGAUGGAGAUAACAUGCGCUACAGCUGGACUUUCCAACAAACACACCCACUGGCUGAUGGGAACCAGACUCUUCUGCUGGACAAGGAAGUUUGUGGAAGUGUCACCUGCUAUGCUCAGAAUCAUGUUAGCCAUGGAAAGAAAACUAUUGAGAUACAGCAGUGUCCUGGUUUGCUGUCCAUGAACCCUGUUUGUAGAUUUAAUCAGAGUGAUCCAUGUUAUGGAGCUGUGGGACGACCGCUGUACCUGCAGCUGCCAUCUGAGGAUCAAUUAGACUUAAAGAAGAACAUCAAUGGAGCUACUGCUGAGCGUAUUUUCAAAUUUAUGAAGCAUAAAAUCACAUUAAAUCAUCCAGAUUAUCCAAGAUGGCAGUUUGUUGCUGAUAACAGCACCAUGAUAAUCAGCAGUGCAGAGAAAAGAAUCUCAGGAAGAUACACUUUAGAUACAUAUGAUUCAGCAGGGAGAGACAGAGGUGUUUAUCAUCUCCAGCUGGUUAUUGAAGCUGUGGUGUCCUCAGUGACUGUGACAGACAGCUGCUUAUCUAUUGAGAAGAGGAACGUUUACUGUUCGUCUGAUGGAGAUAACAUGCGCUACAGCUGGACUUUCCAACAAACACACCCACUGGCUGAUGGGAACCAGACUCUUCUGAUGGACAAGGAAGCUCAUGGAAGUGUCACCUGCUAUGUUCAGAAUCAUGUUAGCCAUGAAAAAAAAACUAUUGAGAUACAGCAGUGUCCUGAUCCUACAACUAUGACCCCCAUUUCAACUCUGAAGCCUAAAGUGACACCAAGGACACAAUCAGGAGACAUUGUGUAUGUGGUUGUGCAGGUUUUGGAGAUUACUAUUCUGCUGUCAUUGUUUGGAGGUUUCCACAUCUAUGCCAGAAUCCAAAGAAAACAAACCAACAGAGCAGCAGAAAGUAAGGAAGAGGAGGUGGAGGAGGGUCCAUACACCAACCUGGAUCAAGAACACAAGAAGAAAUAAACCAUCAGAAUUUCCAAUUUGGACAGCCUGAAUCCCGAACCAUCAGCAGAAGAGACCCGUCAACUAAGGAGAACAAAGAAAACAGACUGAGGUCAUUCAGAUAAUUAAGGACACUGGUGGACUAAAUUGACUAUGAAAACUAUCCAGUCCAAGUAACAAAAUUAUUUAGAAUUAUAGAUUAAAUUUGAUCAGUUUUAGGGAUUGUUUUUUCAGGGUGAGUUCAACCCAACCUUAUCACUGGAAGAAAGUAUGGCCUUCAACAGCUUGAAAAAGACAUCUAGUUAAGAACAUAUGAGAAGAGAAUUCCAUAGAAGGUCCAUAGAAAGGUUACUCACUGCAUGGUGUAUUAAUAUGAAAAGUAUGGAAGCACUGGUGUAUCAGUACAUCUAGGCUCAUAUUCAAAAUAUAAUAACAGUUCUGACUACCAAUUACUUCUUUUUUAAGUGUUACAUAAGUUGGUCAUGAAACCAGCACUCAAAAGCACAAGUAUAUGCAUUUACUAUGUAUUCAGUUCAUUUAAUUUUUUGUAAGUUGUUCCAAAACUUUGUUGUUCCAACUUUGUAAAGUUUCUGUUUACUGUGUAUUAAAGUGUGUUCAGAGUAAACAUUAAAAGUAUGUACUAAAGUUUUAUAUAUGUUUUUUAAAAGUACAUUUAAAUGAAUGUUCCUUUAAAAUGAGACAAAUGAAGACAGGACGCUUUUAGAAAUGUUUGCUGUGAAAUUACAGCACUUGUUCACAGUGAAGCUGAUCAUCAUCAUCAUCAUCAGUUUUCUGUUAAAACUCCCACUGUAGUUGUUGAGUAGUUGGGAGACAGACUUAUCACCCUGGUCAGGGUUAAGAACAAAGUAUGUUUCAAGCAA